GAUAACAGCUGGGCUCAGGAGGGGCGGGAGCUCCGGAGGAGGAGCAGGAGGAGAGGCCGACAGGCUUCAUUUGGAGCCAGAGCCUGGCUGUUGCUCAGGUUACCAGUGUCUCUCUCAGAGGGUUCGACCAACGGUGUGACCAGCUGGUGGGGUCUCGCCGCAAUGAUCCAGAAUGUCGGAAAUCACCUGCGAAGGGGCUUCGCCUCCGUGUUCUCAAGCCGCCUGUCCCGGAAGUCAGCCUCGCACGCAGAGAAAGACGACGGUGCCAUGGCGGGCGGCGAGGGGUACCGGAACCCCACUGAGGUGCAGAUGAGCCAGCUCGUGCUGCCUUGCCACACCAACCAGCGCGGCGAGCUGAGCGUCGGGCAGCUGCUCAAGUGGAUUGACACCACGGCCUGCCUGUCCGCCGAGAGGCACGCUGGCUGCCCCUGCGUCACCGCCUCCAUGGACGAUAUCUAUUUUGAGCACACCAUCAGUGUCGGACAAGUGGUGAAUAUCAAGGCCAAGGUGAACCGGGCCUUCAACUCUAGCAUGGAGGUGGGCAUCCAGGUGGCCUCUGAGGACCUGUGCUCCGAGAAGCAGUGGAAUGUGUGCAAGGCCUUCGCCACCUUUGUGGCCCACCGGGAACUCUCCAAGGUGAAGCUGAAGCAGACCACGCCGCAGACGGAGGAGGAGAAGACCGAGCACAGUGUGGCGGCUGAACGGCGGCGCAUGCGGCUGCUCUACGCGGACACCAUCAAGGACCUCCUGGCCAACUGCGUCAUUCAGGAUGAUCUGGAGAGUAGAGACUGCAGCUGCAUGGUGCCGGCCGAGAGGACCCGCGUGGAGAGCGUGGAGCUGGUGCUGCCCCCCCAUGCCAAUCACCAAGGCAAUACCUUUGGGGGCCAGAUCAUGGCCUGGAUGGAGAACGUGGCCACCAUCGCAGCCAGCCGGCUGUGCCGAGCCCACCCUACGCUGAAGACCAUUGAGAUGUUCCACUUCCGGGGCCCCUCCCAGGUUGGGGACCGCCUGGUGCUCAAGGCCAUCGUCAACAACGCCUUCAAGCAUAGCAUGGAGGUGGGCGUGUGCGUAGAGGCUUACCGCCAGGGUGCUGAGACCCAACGGCGGCACAUCAACAGCGCCUUCAUGACCUUCGUGGUCCUAGACGCGGACGACCAGCCUCGGACUCUGCCCUGGAUUCGGCCCCAGCCCGGGGAUGGCGAGCGGCGGUACCGAGAGGCUAGUGCCAGGAAGAAGAUCCGACUGGACAGGAAGUACAUUGUGUCCUGUAAACAGACAGAAAUGCCCAUCUCUGUCCCCUGGGACCCUAGCAACCAGGUAUACCUGAGCUACAACAAUGUCUCCUCCCUGAAGAUGCUUGUGACCAAGGACAACUGGGUGCUGUCCUCGGAGAUCAACCAGGUCCGCCUGUACACCCUGGAGGACGACAAGUUCCUCUCCUUCCACAUGGAGAUGCUGGUGCAGGUGGAAACAAUCCAGGCCUUCCUGCUGCUCUCAGACCUGCUUCGGAGGCCCGAGUGGGACAAGCACUACCGGAGCGUGGAGCUAGUGCAGCAGGUGGAUGAGGAUGAUGCCAUCUACCAUGUCAUCAGCCCUGCCCUUGGCGGUGACGCCAAGCCCCAGGACUUUGUGAUCCUGGCCUCUCGGCGGAAGCCGUGCGACAACGGGGACCCCUAUGUCAUCGCGCUGAGGUCCGUUACACUGCCCACGCACCCCGAGACACCAGCAUACAGGCGCGGGGAGACCCUCUGCUCAGGCUUCUGCUUCUGGCGAGAGGGGGACCAGCUGACCAAGGUGUCCUACUACAACCAGGCUACCCCGGGCUUUCUCAACUACGUGACCACCAACGUGGCUGGUCUCUCUUCUGAGUUCUACACCACCGUCAAGGCUUGUGAGCAGUUCCUCUUGGACAACCGGAGCGAUCUGGCCCCCAGCCUCCAGACCCUCUAGGCAACCCUCGGUGGCCACCUCCUGCCCACGCCCACUCCAUCCGGUCCCCAGGGACGGGACACACGUGCAAUGCAUUGAGGAAGGCAGGGGCAUUUAUUCUUUCCCGCCCCCUCCCCGCCCCGGGGGAAGCCUUCACCCAGGGGUCCACCUGCCCAGCACCACUGGGCGCUCAGUUCCUGCCAACGUCCGCCAGCAAGUCUUCACGGUAGCUCCGGGGCAGCCUGUAGUAGAUUCGGGUCUUGUCCAUAGCCCUGGCCGCCAGCAGCGCUGCCCGCACGGAUGCGUAGUUGCCCCCCAGAGGGCUCUGCUCCACCGUGACAGUGGCCCUGGGGGAGGCGGCCAGCAGCCUGGCCACGACUCCAGCCGUGUUCUGGCCCAGCAGUCCUGCGUGCAGCUGGAAGGACACAGGCUGCCAGAGAGCCCGGCACAGCUCCAGCAUAUCUUCAAGCAGCUGUUCCCUGUAGCCGCUGCCCAGCGCCUCCACGGGCCAACCCGGUGCCACUGUCACAUGGGGGAAGAUCUCAGCCACAGCCGUAAGCAACUCCUGGCCGUCCAGGUGGCCAGGGACUGCAAA